UAUGCAGACGAUGUGGUAGAAGCUCUUUAAAUACAAACAUGUGGUCCUAUAAAGUUUCGCAUUUUGUUAUGCGAAGAUCAUUUAGUACAAGUUCUAUUUCAAAAGCUAGUUUAGAUUUGAUGACAUUAGAUGAAAAGAAGAGUCCAGGUCGUCAGGAGCUUUGUUUUGAUAUUCUCUACGGCAUUCACCCAAUCAGUUGUGCAAUCGAAGCUAAACGUCGUUCUAUUGAGACUGUCUUCUAUCGGAGAGACUUGCUGAACCACAGUGUACGAGCAAAAGAAAUUAUCGAGCGAUGUUGGACAGCAAACGUUAAAACUCAAGUUCUUCCGCAGAGCAAGAUUAACAAUAUUGCGCCAAAAGGAAAGCCAAAUCAAGGGCUACUUGCUAAAGCUACCCGUUUAUACUACGUACCCACCCCUUGUACACAUCAAUUGAUUGAAGAUUCACUCUCAGACAAAAAAUCUUCCCAAUCACCAGUGUGGCUAUUGCUCAAUGAAAUCCAGGAUCCUAUGAACUUUGGCUCAAUCCUGAGGUCUGCUUAUUUCAUGGGAUGUGAUAGGAUCUUUGUCAGCUCUCACAAAAGCUGUUCAUUGACUCCAGUUGUCAGUAAAGCAAGCUCUGGGGUAAUGGAGUUAAUGCCUGUCUAUUCAGUCAAUAACCCAUCUCAGUUCUGCCAAAUUCUCAAGGAGUCCAAAUGGGAUGUUGUGGGGACUGGUUCACACAUUGAUGAACUAAAUGAAAAGUCAUCAGUCUGUAGUCCUGUCUGUUCAUUUUUUCGAAAAAAUCCAACCCUUAUCGUAUUGGGUAAUGAAGGGCAGGGGUUACCUAAGGAACUUGUAGCGCUGUGUACCCACCAGCUUUACAUCGAAGCUCGGCCUAACCUGAAUAAAAACAUAGAUUCAAUGAAUGUAUCUGCUGCUGCAGCAGUUAUAUUGCACACCAUUCUCAAUGGCAGUGAUCGCAGCUAAUCCGGAAUUCCAUCGUAUUUUGCCAUUCGUUCAGCGACAUGAGGUGAAAGCUGGCCUUUUUCAACCGCCUUUUCGUUUUCGUUAACAAUGCUGCAGGGUACUUUGGCGUGUUCCCAUCUAACCUAGGUUCUCACUCGUUCUUUCUUUAACAUUUCAUUCUAUUUGUGUACGUGACAAAGGCUAGGUCUCAACAUUGAUUACGCUGAUUUUAGGAAGAUUUGCAUUUUGAACGGAUUGUGUAGCAGGAGCUGAACGAGUCGCUAUGAAGGGGACUUUUCGAUGGAAAAUAAGUGUUCUGUUGUUGACGGUGAUCGUAUUCGUGUUCCUGAAUAACUGUGCGGACGCCGCGGUUGUGGGAGAGCGGAUACCAGACAGCACCAAGGAUCCCAGUCUCCACUCAAUUCAUAACAUUGUCAAAAGACAUUGGAAACUGCAUAAUGAUAAACAGUAUGGAGAUGGUAGUUUAAAGAAAUUUUUCUUCAUGCUUAAGAUCAUUCUAACACUUUUUGGUAAACACUAAAUAACAGUGUCUUUUUGUUUGAAGUAAUGUUUAUUGUGUGUGCCCAACCAUUAACCUCAUUUCUCAUACACUAGAAUUAUAUCAGAAGCCCUGAAAGCCUGAACUCAUGUUUUGUUCCAUCUAUCAUCUAUGUAUUUAAAUGGAAAAUUUUAAAGAAACACAAAACAACCCCAAUUCAAUAAAACUGAGUUAAUAACUUAAAA